AUGCAUUGCGUGGAGGUUGAGGUUGAGGCUGAGGCUAUCACCAGCUCCCUUUCGGGUAAGUUGGGGGAAUACCCCGUGUGUGGAGUGGAUAUCCCGGUCCCGGCCAAGCGGAUGUGUUUCUCCCACAAGAGGUGGUACCAGUACGAUUACAAGUCUCCUUGGAGGAAAUUGGGCACAGCCAAGUGUAUCCCAGGGAUGGCACGUAUGUGGGUGCUCUGUGCAAUUCUAGGUCAUGCUCGCCGUUGGUCGCCGUCCCUCGGUUUCGCCCAAGGCUGUCUCUCUUCAAUCAAAACCCUCACCGGGUUGCAAGAUUGGAAGGUGGUGGCAAGAAUAGGCAACUCCUCCCGUCGUAUAUUGGUGCGGCCGUGUCCCACUGCGUCUUCUCACAAGGCAUUACCCUCUCCCCGCGGUCGGUUGCACUCACCCACUCCCUGUGGCUGCCGGGUUGUUCGCGUUCACACACUCACGGUGGCUGUCCGUUUCGGUCGCUCGCACCCCGUGCUCCGUGUUUCAUCUCCCACUCUGUUCAUCGACUCUCGUCAUGGUUCCAUAAACACAGACUGCACAUUCCCAUGCAUGCGCCUUGGCAGUUGCGCCGCCCACCACGUGGAUCGGAUUGUCACCUCCGCUCGUCUCAACUCCUCCGUUUGUCUGAUAUCAUGA